AUGGAGUCUUCAACGGCCUCUCCAUAUCCCCCCCUAGCUACAGAGCAGCCAAAGGGGAGGAAUAAUAAUAAGCCUAUAUUCUAAGGCCGGAAAAAUAAAAAAGGAAUAACAAAAAUGUCUGGAAAGGUAAUUAUCUCGGCUGUUUCUCUCAUCCUGGUGGUUGGAGUGGCCAUAGGUGUGGUGGUGGCCGUCAACAAGAAGGGCGAGGAUCCCACACUUCAAUCUCAACAAAAAUCAGUAGGGGUUAUCUGCCAAAACACUGAUGACCAGAAGCUCUGCCACGAAACCCUAAGCUCCGUGAAGGGCAUGGACACCGCUGAUCCAAAGGCUUACAUCGCCAAGGCGGUGAAAGCCACCAUGGACAGCGUGACCAGGGCCUUCAACAUGAGUGAUAGGCUCAGUACCGAGUACGGAGGCAACGAUAACGGAACCAAGAUGGCCCUUGAUGAUUGCAAGGACCUCUUGCAAUCCGCUAUCGAGAGCCUCCAACUCAGCAUUGACAUGGUUCACAACAACAACUUGCAGGCCGUGCAUAACCAACAGGCUGACUUCAAGAACUGGCUCAGCGCUGUUAUCUCGUACCAACAGGCCUGCAUGGAGGGUUUUGACGAUGGCAAAGAAGGUGAGAAGAAGAUCAAGGAGCAGUUUCAUACCGAGACCUUGGACAAUGUUCAGAAACUCACUGGCAUCACCCUUGACAUUGUGAGUGGUUUGUCCAACAUCCUCGAGAAGUUCGGGUUGAAGUUUAAUCUUAAACCCGCGUCUCGCCGUCUUCUCGGCAAGGAUGGGUUGCCCACUUGGUUCUCUGCUGCUGAUCGUAAGCUUUUGGGUCGUGGAUGGAGAUCACGUGUCAAGCCCAAUGUUGUGGUUGCCCAGGAUGGCACUGGUCAGUUCAAAACCGUUGCCGAUGCUAUUGCUUCCUACCCAAAGGAUAACAAAGGUAGAUACAUUAUCUACGUUAAGGCUGGUGUCUAUGACGAGUACAUCACCGUUCCCAAGAGUUCAAAGAACAUUCUCAUGUACGGUGAUGGCCCUGCUAAGACCAUCAUCACCGGUCGCAAGAACUUCGUCGAUGGUGUCAAGACCAUGCAAACUGCCACUUUCGCCAACACUGCAGAAGGGUUCAUUGCCAAGGCAAUGACAUUCCAGAACACUGCCGGUGCUGAGGGACACCAAGCCGUUGCAUUCAGGAACCAAGGAGACAUGUCCGCUCUCGUUGGUUGCCACAUCUUGGGUUACCAAGACACCUUGUACGUCCAGACCAACAGGCAAUUCUACCGCAACUGCGUCAUCUCCGGCACAGUCGACUUCAUCUUCGGCACCUCCUCCACCGUGAUCCAGCACUCCGUUAUCAUCGUGAGGAAGCCCCUGGACAACCAGUUCAACACAGUCACCGCCGACGGAACAUCCCAGAAGAACAUGGCUACAGGAAUCGUGAUCCAGGGUUGCAACAUCGUCCCAGAAGCCGAACUUUUCCCUACAAGGUUCCAAGUGAAGUCAUACCUUGGAAGGCCAUGGAAGCAAUUCUCAAGGACGGUUGUGAUGGAAUCCACCGUGGGUGACUUCCUUCACCCCGAAGGAUGGUGCCCAUGGGCCGGUGAACACUUCGAAGACACCUUGUACUAUGCUGAAUACAACAACGAUGGACCUGGUGCCAACGUUAACGGAAGGAUCAAGUGGAAGGGUUACCGUGGUCUUAUUAGCCGCGAAGAAGCUACCCAAUUCACCCCUGCCCAGUUCCUACAGGCUGGAGCCAACGGUGGAAGCGACUGGUUGAAAGCUCUCCGUGUUCCUCACGCACUUAGCUUCAUGAAGGCUUAAUUGAAAUUACACAAACACAUAUCCAUGCAUCAUCAAUUGAGUACUGUUAGAGAGUGUGAUGAUGAGGGUCAUAGUCCGUAGACAAUUUGUUAUUCUUUGUAUUUAUCUUUGGAGGUCUACCGGAAAUAUUUUUAAUGAAAAUUUUUAAAAUUGCUUUGAUUAA